AUGGCUCAGUAUUACCAAAACUCGAUAUUUACCAUAGCCGCUUGCGACACACAUUCUGGGCUCUUAGAACACCGGCUUGCUCCUUCAUUUAACAAUAUUGCAAUGUUGCCCUAUAGACGACGCGAAGAUAGAACACCAAGCGGCGCUUUCUAUAUAUUGAAGAUGCCAACGGCCGAGAGGAUGUUUUCAGACGGGGUCCAGAAGAUUUUCCUCAAACGUCUGUCUUCUCACCCCCUGAACGAGAAUGGAGACCCCGUGCCGCAAGGGAAGCAUAUAUACAAAUUUAGCAACAAUAAUACGUUGCGGGAAUGGUAUAAUAUCGCCUCGCUGUUUUCCGGGCGCCAUGUGACAAGCCCCAAUGACCAUGUGUGGGCUAUAUCAGGAAUCGCCCUAGAGAUACAACGGGCUCUAAGCCUUGAAUAUGCGUCAAAUGAAGCCACUAUUAUCGAUAUUGAACUGGAAGACGGGUGUGAGAUACUCCAAUAUAUAUCUGGGCUCUGGGUUAAUGAUCUUGCCUACGGUCUCAUCUGGCAAAAGGCAACACGCAAGCGUCCUAAGGGAGUUAUGAUAACGCCUACGUGGUCAUGGCAGUCAAUACUGGGUAAAGUAGAAUGGCCACCCAGGAAGCCUGACCUUAAGUCGGAGAUUUCUAUCAGCAAACUUGAUUAUGAGAAUUACCAAGCGUUAGAUAAUCCGAUAAUUAGUAAGGGUAAAUCACCAGACAGAGGAUUGCCUAAGCUGCUCGGAUUUGAGGUUUCCAAGAGUCCAGACUCAGAGCUGUUCUACCUCUCGAGUUUCCGAUCCAGUGUCCGCUUUGAUGCCAAUAGUAACAAGCCGCUAUUGCUAGUUACUGGGAUUGAAACCCCUAAGAAUAUCGAAGAGCUUCGAUGGAGUGGCAUACUUCUUUCUGAUGGUAGUUCUGAAGAAGUCAUUGGUUGGGGUAGAUUUGAGCGUAGGGUGGACGAGCGGGAGAAGCUCUUUGCCAUUCUAGUAGCAUCCUACACUGAGAAGGACGGACUUGGGUUUGGAUAUGCCGGAUUAACCCAUCCGGUACUCCAUGUGAUAUUCUGUAAAAUGAGCAGACAAGGCGAGUACUGGCGUAUGAGUAUAGGGCGGGUCUUUGACAAAAAUGCAGUCUUGAAAUUCCAGGAUACUCCAGCAGAAACAAUCAGGUUAGUAUGA